UCCCGGCGAUCUCAAUCGUGGUCACGAUGCAUACAUUAUCGUCGCUGGUGAUUUUUGGCUGCUCGAUAUUCGUUGCGAGUGCGUUAUACGCUCCAGGGAAUUAUCAAGGAAAGACCGGCUCCGAGUCAGCGGGAUCCCUGGGAUCGAAGAUUAUCGGAGGGGAGUUGGCCGCCAUAGAGAAAUAUCCAUUUGCAGUCUCGUUGCAGAACAAUGGCACGUUUUUUGGGCACGAAGUCGAGCAUUUCUGCGGCGGCGGUAUCGUCGGGAAAAAGUGGAUAAUAACGUCAGCGCAGUGCGCUCUCAGGAUCCACGUGAAGAGCUUUCACGUGAGGGCUGGCACGGCUUGUUAUCACGCGGGCGGUGUCAUCUACGGCGUUAAAGGCGUCGUAAUACAUCCCGCUUUCAACCAGAAUAAUUACGACUACGAUGUCGGUAUAGUCGAGCUCUCGGAAAGCAUAGUGUUCGACGAGACGAAGCAACCGAUCCAGUUACCGAAGCUGCACUCGGAAAUCCAAGAUGGUGCCCAGGUUCAAGUACUCGGUUGGGGCGCGUCUGUGUUAUUAGGUCCCGUCUCGGACGAACUUUUAUGCAGCACGAUGCAGAAAAUUAAUAACGAGGACUGCCGGCAAGCGAACGGGGCUGACUUAUUAACGCACAGAAUGUUCUGCACCUUAUCAGACCACGCUAGCGCCUGUGUCGGGGAUUCUGGCUCGCCUCUCAUUUUUAACGGCAUCUUCUUUGGCGUAGCAUCGUGGAGUCAAUCAUGCCAAUUAGAAUAUCCGACAGCAUACACUGCCAUAUCCGAAGUGAGAGACUGGAUCAUCGAAGUGAUAGAACAUAGCGAAUGAUUACAUCCAUUUUCAUGUACUUUUUAUGGCGCACUACUACUAGUAAUAGCCACGAUCCGUUAAAGUGUCUUCAAGACACUUUGCAUACCAUUAAGGCUUCCAUUAUAAAUAGAGGGUACUAUUUUCAAUGAUACAAGGGACGCUGACAAUACAGAAAAUUAAUUGUUAAUACUGAGACACUGUCGACCUUCAUUUUGAAUUUUCUUUUAAUGCAACCCUCGAGAACUAUCAAACGCAUAAGUUACUAAUAACGUGAGACAACUAGGAGGAAGAUGCCAAACAACCGGGACUCUAAAUUUAUUCGGGAAAUGUUAUUCGUAUUUAUAGGACCUCUUCUUUUUAGGACAUUUAGCAAAGAAAUCACUUAGCAUUUGUUUCAACGUGCCACAUAGGCACGCUUUGUUUUCUACCGUUUAAUAUUUUGUGCCGUAAGAAGCAGAGAGAAAGUAUUAUCUACGAAGGAGGAUAUUUUUCUUGCUUUAUUUUAACAUUAUGUGUUUUAUAGUUCAUUACUUGGGAAAUGAAUAAAGUAUACUAAUUUUAUAUUA